AUGAAUAAUAAACUAUUCCUAAGUUUGUUAAGAUAAUUCAAUAGAACAAAAUUCAGAAAUGAAAAAUCAAUUAUAGCAGAUCUUAGUUUAAAUGUGCAUGGAGAUACUCAACUAAAUUAGAUUGUCAAAAAAAAUAUUGCAUUAAUUCGUUCAUAUAAAAGUUUGUUAACAAUUUUGGAUUACAAUUAAUUUUAGGCUGAAUAGAAUAAUGUUAUAAAGCGAUUAUAAAGCGAAUUUGAUGAUAGAGCAAUAUAUGGAUUUAAUUGCUCUAAUGAAUUAUUUAUAAAAUUUUUAGGAAAAGUUCUUGAGAAAAGUAAUUUAAUUAAAUAGAUUUAGAUUGUUGGAACAAUGAAUUUGACGAAUGGCUAUUAAUUUAUUUGAAAAAUAAUACUAUCAAAAUGAGUUAAUCCUUUGCUCAAUAAUUAAAAAAAGCAUUAUAAAAUUACAAUAAAAGUGAAAAUUUUGAGUAAAUUUUGGAUGAUCAUAUUUAAUAUAUUGAAAAAUUGAAAUAAUUAAUAUGA